AUGGGGCUGGGCCCCCUUGUCAUUGCCCCCAGGGGGCCUAUUGGGCGUGGCCCGAAAGGUCAUGCGGGCAGCGGCCGAAGCGCCCACGAGGCCGUCCCGAGGCGGCGGCGCUCGCCUCCGGGCGGUGGCUGCGGCGGCCGGCAACGGGCAGGGACUGGCGGGGUCGGCCGGGCGCGGCCCGGGUGGAGCGGCACGGCGCCGUGGGCGGAGGCCGGCUCCGACUACGCAGGCGAUGGCUACGCUAGGCAGCAGCAGGCGCGGCGAGCUGGAGGGGAAGCAGUGCAGGUGCGGCGGCCGGAGCAGGGACGUGCGGAGGACGCGGCCGGCAGCGGCGCUGGGCGCGGGCGAGCAGCGCCGCAGGUGAGCGGGGCGGGGGCGGGGGCGCACAGGCCGGCGUGCGAGGCGGGCUGCGGGACAGUGAGUGCGAGCGCCCACGCGCGGGAACACGAGCACGGGCGCGAGGGGGGUGGUGAGCGUGCGUGCAGGAGAGGGGGCGGGCGCGGCCUUGGCAGGGUGUGCGCGUGCACGACGGCGCGAGGCACAGAGGCGGGCAGACCAGCGGCGUGCGAGGUGCAGCAAGCGUGGGUAGGGGAAGAGGAGGAGAUAACGGAGCCUAACCGCGGGGCCGUGGGGUCAAGGGCAGCGGGGGGUUGA